CAUUAAAAAUUGCGUGACGCUUGGUGUGGACGGCGGUCAAUGGUUCCGUUUAUUUUGUAAUAUUUUUGGAUCAAAGUUGCCGAUCAUCCAUAAAUUGUGACGUUUAGUGUUGGCUGUCGGACAAUGCUGACAAGUUGGAUUGGAUAGUGUCAUUUUCAAUUAUUCUUCAAUAAUGUGUUAAAUUUUUCAUGAGGCUGAGAAGUCUGGAGUGCCUCACUCACUGCGUGAUCAUUUGGUAUUCUUACCUGGUAUUCUUACCUGGUGGGGUUUCCUCCACCUCGCAGCUCAGGUCAGGCAAGGGAUGAGGUAGAAGGAAACCCGUGUACAAAGGGACACGCCAGUUUUCAAGAUGAACAAUGCUUGAGGCCACCCCCUCACCCCAGUCGGCCGGAUGAGUGGCGGCCAGCGUGUGUUCCUGGUGGAUGGCCAGGCCGUGUACCUGGAGGGCGAUGGGGACGUCACGGAGGAUGUGCUGCAGCAGGCGCUGUCUCAGCUGGCCACUGGAGGGACGCAGCCCGCGGCGGCAGCAGAGGAGGAGCCGGAGAGCGAGGCCGACACGCCGAAGGCCGACCAGACCAUGGACUCUGAGGAGGGCAUCGUCCUGAACGCGGGCGAGGACGGAGACGAGCAGGAGGGCGUGCUGGCCAUCCUGCAGGACGAGACGGGUCAGCAGCAGACGGUCCGACUGACCCCCGACCAGGCGGCCGCGCUCGGUAUCGACUACGAGCAGCUAGUGGCCGCCGCCGCCGCCGGAGAGGAGGAGGCGGCCGCCACUCCGGGUGAGCCGGCGGCGGCCUCCGAGUCGGCGCCGGCCGAGCAGACGUCGGCCCAGGAGGUGGCCUCACUGGCCACGUCCGUGGUCCUCGACCUGAACGAGUCGCGGCCCAGCCUGGUCAACCAGUCCCAGGGUGGCGACAAGGUGACGUACACGUUCGAGGUGGUGGACAAGGACGCGGCAGCGGGGACCGGCUCCGGUCAGCGGUCGGCCCCCGCCGGACAGCAGACCGGUCUGCUCACCAAGGCGCGCGACAUCAUGGUGCCCCGCGUGCGGACCGGUGACGCCCGGCAGAUUCAGCAGCAGAUCCACAAGACGGCCGCGCAGGUAUUGCGUACCAACACUCCAUCCGCCCCGGUGCCGCGGGACCCGAUCACUGGCGGCUACAUAUCACCGGCCACACUGAAAAAGGGCCCGGUCUACAACACGGGGCCGAAUGCGCAGCAGAACAACCGGCGGACGAUCAUCAACACGGCCAGCACCGUGCAGCAGAAGGCCCAGUCGUCGGCCUCGGCCUCGAUGCCCACCGUAUCGGCCACCUCGGUAUCUGGCGACCCGUCUGCCGCGGACCCGGACGAAGACGUGGACGACCUGCCCGUCAUCUUGACGCCCGUCUCGGGCUCGGAGCCUCUCCCCGACUACAUCGAGCCGCGGCCCGGCAUGAAGAUCCUGGUGCGGCCCCUGGACAUGGCGAGCGUCGGCGGCGGCGACGGGCCGGCGCCCGCGCGGCCAGUCGGUUCGUCCGAUAACCCCAUCCAGCUGGUGCAACAGGGCAACACGUUCAAGUCGCUGCAGCCGCUGAGUCAUGAGCAGCUGAAGCAGAUAGCCAGUGUGCUGCAGCAGAGCAGGCUGAAUGUGCCCAGCAACUCCAAGAACAGCCUGUAUGAUGCCGAUACCAACACGAGGAUCGUCUACAGGGUGGUAUAUCCUGAAGACGUAGGUCGUGGCGGCGGCCGCGGUCGGGGUCGGCGGGGCCGGGGUCGCGGUCGUGGCAGCCGGGGCAGCUACACCAGGAAGGCGGACGAUGCCGACGUCGACUGGUCACCGGAGCUCAGCAGGGCGGAGCGGAAGCGUCUGGCCACUAAGACUCGGACGGGCCGGGUCUCCAAGCCGCCCAAACACAUGGUCAAGGACUACAGGCGCUUACACAGGCUGGAUUUUAACGAGCCGGACCUGGACGAUUCGGACGGCGGAUAUUCGGAGUGGGACGAGGCGGCCGGUGGCGGGGACGACGAGCUGACCCAGGACAGCACUGAGCUCAGCAACGACGCGUCGGCGGCGGGCUCGGACCGACUGGAGGCCUCGCUCAGCACUCCGGCGUCCGAGUCCAAACCCAAGCGCACCCUGCACCAGGCCAUCCGCGAGCGGUUCACGUGCCGCACGUGCAACACGCUCUUCAUCGGCUACAUGCGGCUCGAGGGACACUUUGCCAAGUUCCCCGACCACGAGCGGCCGCCGUACGUACCUCCGAAGGGCGGCACUCCGUUCCACAACUACCAUGCCGGCUCCAACCCGAGAGGUGCCCGCGGCAGGGGCCGGGGCCGGGGCAGAGGCCGGCCGCCACGCCAUGCCUACGGUUAUACACCGGUGUCGGCUGGACCCAGCGCCAAACGGCUGCGGCUAGAGGAGCCGGAGUUUCCGGCCGCGCGGCUGGUCUCCCAGCUGGAGGCGGCCGCCGGCGGCAGCGUACACCGGCUCUGUGACAGUAUGUCAGCAGUGCUGGACCAGUUCAGGGAGCGUGUCCGCUCGGCUGUGACCCCCCUGCCGGCCCGGCAGCGGAUAGGGGUGACCGCCACCAGUCGAGCCGUGGAUGGACCCGUGCUGAAGGUGGACGAGGAGCGCGCGUCGCUGACUGGCCUGCCGCUGGGCACCUACGUGCUCUGGCCCGUGGCCCCGGAGCCCGACGACGACCCAGGCGAGUCCAUGGGUGAUGUGGGGGAGGACGCCGCCGACUCCCCGGCUCCCGCUGAGCCGGCCUCCGUUGCGUCCCCGUCGGCGGCCGCCGCGCUGGGUGAGGCUGUGAUGGCCGCAGUGUCAGACGAGGGGUCGCCGCCGGCGGCCGAACACUCAGAACAGGCCUCGCCGAAGGGAGCGACGGCUGGAGGGGAGGCGACGGAGGCGGGUGUAGACGACACACCGGUGACAGUGAAGACGGAGGACUCAGAGCCGGUGGAAGAGGCCAGCACGGCGCCGAACCCGGAGCCGGCCCCGCCGGUGGAGAAGGACGUUCUCUCCGCGGCUGAGCUCUCGCAGGUAGCCCUCUCUGCCACUGAGGGCGCUCACAUCCCUCCCCCAGCCGCCGAGAGCGCGCACAUGCCGCCCCCGGCUGAUGUGAACGCGCCCGUGCCGCUACCGUCGGAGCCGCCGCCGGCGCCGCUGCCAACUACCAACGGCGGAACGCUGCCGCUCUCGGACUCCGAGGCCGCACACCGGGCCGUCUCUGACGUACUGGAUGAGUUUGUGGAUGGUCUAGUGGACGCGCCUGAGUACCCAUUCACCGGGGAGCCAGUGUCGGAGAUCGAUUCGACGCAGCUACAGCUGAAGAUUACGGAAACGGAGACGUUGGCGACGACGGCGACGGGUAACGGUGACAUGCCUUUGGUGGGAGAUGAUCGGUAGUGGUGGUGUGAAACCGUCCAGCAUUCUCAUCCAUACUCUCUGUCACACAUCGUCGUGCGCUUUCAUGCGUUCCCAUACGUCGUCUAUCAUUCAGGCCGUUAGACGGUGCCCGGUAGUGAUCUACCUUUCCGCCAGUGAUGUAUCAAGAGGCUAGUCGCCAGCUAUGGCGGCCGAUGUAAGGACCAGGGAUCUCUCAGCCGUUGCUGUGAGCCUCCAUUGCCUUUUUGUGCGUGAGUGUUCGAAAGUGUACGCUGUGACUGUGAAUACCUCGCUGGCUCGCGUGUGCUCCUGCCAGGCAAGGAGUCUGUGCGGGCUCCCAGUUCAGAGACACAUUGGGACAGACAUGAUGGACUUGAACUGCGGAACAGUCAUUCUGCAAGCUGUUGAUGACGUUAUUCCCACAGUAUUUCUCAUAUUCUCAUGCAGGGAUCAUCCGAACGCAUGAUUACUCAAACGAUCACCUACCCAUCCUCGCUACUUUCGAGGAAAACUUGACGAGGGAUAUUUUCGGUCGCCGUUCCAUGCUCGCUUCAGUGGACGAAAGAUGAGCUAUUCCAUGUCUAUUUCCAUGGAUGUUUCCCUCAUUGAGCCUGUCGCGUAGAAGAUGUGAUUUGUCGCAGUACAAUCCAACGAGUCAUUGUUGGGGGCAUAUCACUGUGUUACCGCGCUUCGGAUUUGUGAAUAUCUUGCGAGCUUGGCAUUCCGGUGCGAUUCUGCCUUGUGAGGUUGUGCUUCGUGUUUGUUUUUGAGUUGAGAAUCGUUUUAUAUAAAGUGAAAUUUGACUAA